UAAACAGGAAGUGUUGGAGAUCGAUACGGAUCUCUCCAGUCUCCAUAAAAUAAGGGAAUGAUGCACGACAAUUCAAAAUUAUGAGUGGGUUACUAACGAUACAAAGCUUAAUGGAAAUGGGUGAAGUUUCCCUUUAAGAUCCAAAAAAAAAGCGGAAGAGUGCGCAGAAGACAACUACGCAGGUUUGUGCGCAGAUGUAGCCUGCUUCCACAGGCCUCACGUGGAGGUACAGGCGAAAGAACACAUUCCUGAUCAACACAGCCUGAAGGAUGGCUUCAAAGAUCUACUACACCGGAGAGGGUGGUGUACGCUUCAAGAAAAGGAAAGCACGGUUCAGUUUCAGUGAAGUACACAUCAUGUUGGAUGAAGUGAAAAAACAUCACCAUAUACUUGUUGGGAGACGUUAUCAUAGCGUGCACAGCAACCUGAGAAAGCGCACGUGGGCUACAGUAACCGCGGCCGUCAAUGAGAUCGGCGAGUGCCAGCGCGAGGUCAUCGAGGUGGUCAAGAAGUGGUCGGACCUCAAGUGCGACACCCGCAGGAAGCUGAUGGCCAUGCGUACCUCGAGCCCGGGCAACCAAAGCCUCGGCUUCCGCAGAACCCGGGACCUGAGUGCCACGGAGAAAAUUGUGCACCAGAUCCUACAGAUGGACCACAAGAACCCGAGAAGCCUGGAGGAACACAGUCCAGUGGGCGAGGAGGGGCUGGAUGAUCGGGGGGAGUCUUCUCUCAUGGGAGACGAGGACUGGAACCCCCUGACUCCCCCUGACUUAGACGUGCGGCCGCCUAUUGCCUCGUACUUGCUGGACACGCGUGCCAUCCAAAACCUUCAAGAAGAUCCAUCGGUCGCCGCAUACUCGAAAGCGCCGUCGCCGGACCACUUCCGCCGUCCGCCCCCGCCGCAAGCCACGUUGGCCCCCCUCUCCUCCUUAGCGGCGUUGGCGCCGUCACCCUCGGCGUCCUCCUCUUCCUUCUCGGCCGUCCUGCCCGAGACGCCGGCCCCCCCACUGGACGCGCAGGGCUCCAUGCUGCAGAGUGCGGCGCUCAGCCUGCAGGAGCAGCACACCGCCAACGUGCUGCUGGAGACGGUGUCGCGCUCCCUGGAGCUGCUGGCCGAGUCGCUGCAGCAGCUGGCCGAGAGCCAGCACUCGUUUGUGCGGCAGUCCCUGCAGCUGCAGCGCGAGACGGUGGACGUGCUCCGGAACUUUGCGGGCGGCGCCGUCGCCCUCAUGCACGACAAACUCAACGGAAAGCCGCCACUGUAGCGGACGCCGGGGGGGGGGGGGGGGGGGGGGCGUUAAGGAACGACAAAAGGGCCACGCGGUUAAAGUGUUUUUAAUUUGCGGCCGUUGGACCCAAAUAGUCUGGUACUUGAGGCCGCAAAGACCGACGUCAAAAUCCAACGAUGACUUAGUGGAAUCCCCUAACCGUACAGUUUAUACUGCUUCGAGAACCAUGGGAUGAGGAACUUUGAAUGAAUCCACCAGUGUUGAAGUUCCAACCUGUGGAAUAGUAAUGGAGGAGUAACUGUGUCUCACUGCUAGCUACGUUUCCCCAGACAUUAAUAUUUGUAGGGAUACAGAUGAGGUGUAUUUUGAGCAACGAUCAAUGUGAGCAACGAUUGUUUGCUAUGUUGAGUGUUGGGAUUUUUUUACACUUUAUAUACAUUCUUUCUGACUGUGACCAUUAUAUGGUCAGUAUUUUUGUGCCAGGCAGAUUUACGUGUGCAUUUCUAAGCAAGGCAGGAUUUUUAUGUACUUUAAGGUGAGGGAUUUUUAAUGAUUCAAAACAAUGCUAUAC